UUAAGGCUCUCAAGCAAGGAUCAGCAAAAUACAUACUACUAUCUCAAUUCUCUUCCCAAGCAACGUUGUUUCAAGGCUCUCAAUCAGCGGUCUUUCAGGGCUCUCAAGCCAAAAAGAUGGCUUUUCUCUAUCUCAGAGGAGUACUUUAAGGGACAACCAUAACACUUUUGCUGCACUUAGUGACACACAAAUGCUUUUGCUGCACUAGGAAUGACUCCAAAAGAGGUAAAAAUUAUUAUUUUGUUAGUUUGAAUUUUAGUUGGCGACACUGAUUAUUCAUAUCAAGUCUUGUAAUUUGGAGCACAUAGGUGGAAAUGUGUUUGACAACUUCCAUAUGAAUACUGCGUGGCUUGCUAAUAGGUAUUUUAGUACAUUCAGAGCUGAUCCAUCAUGGAGCGUGAAUGGUUUAAUUGAAACUGUUAGAAAUGACUAUAACUAUACAAUUAGUUAUAUGAAAGCUUGGAGGACCAGAAAUAUGGCACAAAAAUUGGUUUACGGAGAUGAGGGAACCCAUUAUGCAAAGUUGUUAUCAUAUAAAGAGGAAUUAUUAAAAAGCAAUCUAGGCUCUACUGUAAUUUUGGGGAGGGACGAAGGCAGAUUUCUUGGGUUUUAUGUUUGUCUUGGAGCACUUUUAAAUCUAGUUGUAGACCAUUCAUUAGCUUGGAUGGUUGUUGGUUAAAGGGAAAUUAUGGAGGGAACUUGUUGAGUGCAGUGGCUAUUGACCCAAAUAAUUGCAUCAAUAGCAUAUGCAGUCAUAGCUGAAGCUGAAAGUAGAGAAACUUGGAGCUGGUUUCUUAUUAACCUGGGAGAGGAUUUGGAGAUUCAGAACAGCCAUCACAUUUCAUUUAUGUCAGACAUACAGAAGGGGCUGAUUGGAGCUGUGAAGGAUUUGUACCCGAAUGCUGAACACCGUAAUUGUGUUAGGCAUAUGUAUCAGAAUUUCAGACAAAAACACAAAGGUAAGAAUUUGAAAGACUUAGUUUGGAGUGCGGCAAGAGCGAGUAAUGAAGUCUUGUUUAAGAAGUUUCUAGAUGAACUGGAACAUGAGCACAAAUAGGCCAGAGAAUGGUUCAAUCACCCUGAGAGGCCAUUCAAUACUUGGACUCGAGCAUUAUUUAAAUGGCAUACCGAAUGUGACAUGUUGUUGAACAAUUUAUGUGAAAGCUUCAACAGAUAUAUACUUGAUGCUAGGGACAAGGCCAUAAUAACAAUGCUAGAAAUGAUCAAGAACAAGUUGAUGAGGAGGUUGUUCAAAAAAAAAAGUGGAUUGAGAGAUACCAAGGGCCAAUAUGCCCUAAGAUUGAAAAAAAGUUGUUGAAAAUUAGGAUGGAGGCAACAAAGUUUCAACCUGAUUUUUCAGGAGGCCCUAGGGUCUUUGUUGAAGGUCCUGGAGGGCCAUAUAUUGUUGAUAUGUCUGCCAAGACUUGUACUUGUAGAAGGUGGGAUUUGACUGAAUUGCCUUAUCAUCAUGGUAUGGUUAGUAUUCUUGGCAAAAAUGAGUUAAUAGAAGAUUAUGUCAUGGACUAUUACAAAGUGGAAAACUACAAUAAAGUAUACUCUUAUUAUAUAAAUCCUACUGGCCUUGAAGAUCACUGGCCUGAGGUUGUAGGAGGUGGUGACAUUCUCCCACCUAAGGUAGUCAAGAAAAAGAGAGGGAGGAAGCCUAAAGCUAGGAGAAAGGAGGCUGAAGAACUAGAAAAACAAAGAGAAGUUGCUGCUCAGAGUGCAAAGGAGAAGAGGGCUGAGAAGAAGAAACCUCAACGAAUAUCUAAGAAGGGUACUGUACAAGUUAACUGCUCUAUUUGCAAAGUGGUUGGGCAUAAUGCUAGAGGCCAUAGUAAGUAUGCAAAAACAACUUCCUCUAGCUUUCCAAACCAACAACCACCUUCUCCAAAUUCAAGUCAAGACCCUGCUCCAACCCAAAAUGAAGACCCUGCUCCAAACCAAAGCCAAGAAGAAAGGAUAGACGUGGACCUCAUCUUAACAAAUCAAUCAACUAUUGAGGAUGUUGCUGAACAAGAUGUUGUUGGGAGAGUUGUACAUGGUCAAAAAAUUGUGCAAGGUGACACUGACGCUGUGAAAGUAUCAAAAAGAGGCAGGGAAGUCAAGAAGAAAGUUAUGCAAGAUUAUGUGCAAGUUAUGGUGAAGAAAAAGUGUAGACUCUCAAAGACAAAUAGGGAUGUUUGUCUAAAAUUUCUUGUCUUUUACAAAUGGCAUACACUUAAAUUGGCACAAUAUAUUGUGUCUGCUUUUGUCUUUUGGUUGAUGCACAUUUUAUUUGUUGUAUUGCUUAGUAAGCAAUAUUUUGUUUAGUGGUAUUGCU